UCUAAAUCUUGCGCUAAGGUAAGUUUGCACUUCUUUCACAACGUCGUUGGCAUUCCCAUAUUUGUAAUUGGCCUUUGUGCUGGGACUAUCAAGAAAAGAUCCAGGUUGUAGUUUUUGGUGAAGUCGGGUGUAGUCUCCGCCGUUUUAUUUGGAGAAGAUAUCUUUUGCUGACUCGUGCCGCAUCACUUUCGUCAAAAAUUAUUUCUCUCACGUGACUGAUGAUAUUGGCAACCUCCUACGGUUUUCUUCUUUUCCAUCGAAAAAAUGGUCAUGUCAUGAAACAGAGUAGAUGUUCUUGCGCUUGCGUAACCUCUUGUGGGAGGUCUUCCGCUAGAUGAGGUAUUCGGUGCGCGAAAGGUAAAGGUGGUGAUGGGUACUGGUCGUGCCUGCUGGCAACUGUGCAAGCCCUUUUGACUGGUGUGUCGGUCGCGACCGCCUGUCGUGCACUCUGCAAGCACGAUAGCGAACCCGACGCGAGACUCUCCCGGACAGAGGUCGCUUCCGUGUCUGUUAGCAGCAGCAAGCUACAUAUAAGCGCCUCAUUAUAUUUAAUAUAGGCAUUGCGCUCCAGUCGGUGUCGAUGGCCUACUCUCUGUAGUUCUGUCGCUGAGGCAGAUGCGCAUAUCUAUGCGACGGACGAGAGAGCGCCCCUGAGCUUUUUCGCAGUUUUCGCAUCGCUUAUCAAGCUACGGCACGUGACUGUAGGAGGCCCGAUUCGACUGCUUCAUACUUGCGCAUGAAGCGCUCCACGUUGACUAGUAGCGACGCCAGUGCGGUUUUUCUACCGCCCAGAAAAUACUCACACGUUUGCCUUGCUCGAUUCAAGCUUAGACGUAGGGAACGAGCGUGGGAAAAGACACAUCGCUUACAGUGACUAGCGGUAACAGACGAAGAUUAGCCGAAGCCGAACAACAAAACCAUUUGCUGUUUUUGAGAUUCUAGUACGACCCAAUUGUCGUAGACGUUUUCCACAUAUUUUCCGUUGAUCAUGAUGUCGUCACGUUUGGAUGCACGCGAACUGCAAAGGAAAAGCGUGCAUCGCAUGCUUCACCUCACGGUUGGCGAGGAUGCUAUGAACUACCAAGAAAGAAAUCAAUGGAAGGUACCUCGACGAAGAUCUUUCGUUGUUGAUCUCAGAACAAGUGCUGUUUACUUGGUUCCACCUCGCGCAACAAAGUUGUACCAUCUCUAGGUCUAGUAGAAAUCAACUCAACCUAGCGUCCAACCAUGCAGUGUCUCUUACUCCAUCAUUUUCUCAAUACUUUUUUCGUUCUCGUGCGUCUCAUCACUCAGGCGCUUGUCUAUGACAAGCAGGGGCAGGACAUCUUGGCCCCACUGUUUACGGUGGGUUCUUUACGAAGUCAGUUUGGGGUCACGCUGCAUCGCUCAAUAGCGGCAGAGAGAAGUGAAGUACCCGACGUGCCUUGCAUAUACUUCAUCGAACCGACAGAGCAAAAUAUCCAGAAAAUUAUAGAGGAUUGCAGGCGGAAGCUAUAUCCAGAGUACUUUCAGUUCUUACAACUUGUCAUAACUGAUCAUGAGUAUCACACAGAAAAUCAAUGUGGAAUUCACUUUUGUUUUCUCAAGUUUUUUCUGGUUCUGCUUCAUCACGCUUUUGUCAAGAAUGAAAAGUUUACCUUAUGUCCAGCUUGUAUGUGAAUUUCACGAGUACGGUUCCCCGUGCGCUUCUGGAGAGACUCGCCUUUGGCUUGAAUGAGAUAGCAGAGGCGCAGCGGGUUUCCAGCGUGGUCGACCGGUACGUAAAUUUUGUUGCCCUUGGGCCGGGCUGCGUGUCGCUGAAUCUUGAACGCAGCUACUCUACGCUACGAAGCGUGAACGUGCAGGACGAGGAGAUAGAGAAGCUGCUCGACCGUAUCGUGAACGGCAUUUUGUCGACACUAGUGACUCUGCGAGUCGGCGUCCCUGUUAUUCGCUGUCCCGCAGACGACGCGGCGCAAUUAGUGGCGCAAAAACUUCACGAGAAGCUUUAUGAGCUGCUACAAUCAGCACCGGCAACCGGCACCGCGGACCUAUUUGAGCGAGCGGGAGGCUACCAAGCAGAAGGGCGUCCCCUCUUGUGCCUCCUCGAUCGCGAGCUGGAGCUGGCGACGCUGCUACAUCAUACCUGGACCUACGAAACUAUGUGCCAUGACGUCCUCGACAUGAGGCUGAACAAGCUUUCAGUGAUAGAAAACGAAGAGGACCCGACAAAAGCUGCAAAAAAGACCUAUGACAUUGACGUAUUUCUUAUCUCCAGUAGCAUUUGUAGGUUAGAAUUUUCUACUUUAUUCCAGCAAACGCAAAUAUGAAAAGUUGACUGAAUAGACAGGUACAACCUCUGUAAAAAGAUCUUGCCUCAAAAACGUUAUUCACAACUACAACAUAAAAAUACUCAGGCAACUGACAAAUUUUGGAGCGACUAUCAGCAUGUGAUAAUUCACGAGCAGUUCGAGGCUGUGGAUAGGGAACUCCAGGAGUUCAACAAAAAACAUAAAACAAUGCAGCAGAGUGAUCUGAAUCAAGCCAUAACGCAACUUCCAGAAAUGCAGGAGAGAAAACGGUCACUAGAGAUGCACACGAAUAUCGCUCAUGCGAUUUUAAGGCAAAUCCAGAAGCGAGGCCUUGACAGGUAUCAUGGAUAGAAAGCAGCACGCAAUUCUUGAUAAACUGACUUUUAUGUUGUUUGACUAGCUUCUUCACUUUUACUACAGCGCGACCUUCUAUAACACCUUCUAGAGAUCCCAUAGAAGACCCUGGGAUUUCAAUACAUAGAAUCAAUAAGUACGAGUAAAACUAGACCAGUUUCCCUGCUAUUCUCCCAGUGUCCACCAGACUCGAUUUUUGCCAACAUUCCAGGUUUUACGUUGUCGAGGACCAAUUUCCAGGAACGUCUGUGCAGAGCGCGAUGACAAGUUUGGAAAGCUUGAUUAACGAGUCGCCAAACGCAACUUUACAGGAUAAGAUUCGCGCGAUUUUAGUCUUCUAUCAGACGAAAGCACAACAGUUAAACGACAAGCAAGUGAACGAACUGAUGGCAACGUUGGACCGGAUUGGGGCACCAAGAGCUUCCCUUGCCUACCUCAACCACGUGCACCAGACAAAUAGACAUAGGUAUCACGACCGUGAGUUUUUGGAUUAGUGUAAAUGAAUUUAUUGCAAGUCAAUGAAUUUUUAGGAUUGAGCGUACAGAAACAGAGUCAGACGACACCACCUCUUUCUGCUUAAUUGAAGGAGCAACGCCAUGAUCUUGCUUCAUUCAUGUACUUAGUUAUGGUCAUCGUGCGUCUCCAUUCACUAGGUCACAGUUAGCGUCCGGUGGCGCUGUGCAGCAAGAGAGCUCGUUACCCAAUCCGCUGAUGGGUAACCAUGCGCUUGGAACCGCAGGUCGAAUGUUCGGCGGUCUAUUGAAUCAGGCGGCGGAAGCAACCAUGCGAAAUUUAGAAAAAAUUUUGCCCACGAAACGCGAAUUGCUCACAACCAAAAUUGUCUCGACACUGAUGGAGAACAGGAGUACAAAAUCCAGCGAGGACAAGGCGAAUGUCGAGAAUUACGUCUACAUUGACCCGAAGAUGCCGCCAAAUGCUAGGGUAUUAUAUGUAUAAAAUAUUUUUUCACAAGUAAAAAAGUUUAUCUUCUACAACUUAAAUCUUUUCGUAGUUUGAUCAUUGCUGUUCAACUUUUUUUUUAUCAAUCCUGAUUUGAGAAUCUUCAUGAAGGAGAAGUGCAGUGUCUGGAACUGGUCGUUGUUCUCGAUUUUCAGGCUGCAGCUUCUUCUAGCGGAUCUCGGUAUCGCGCUCCGUUUAAGCGUGCGAUAGUUUGCAUGAUAGGCGGCGGAAACUACACCGAGGCACAGCAGAUGCGAGAGGCGGCACAGGAACAAGGGAAAGAAUGCAUUUACACCGCAACAAACUUCGUGUCUGCAGAGCAGUUCCUCUCAGAGCUGCAAGAACUGGGUCAGGGUGGAGCGACGUGACGAUAGUCCUCUGAAGUCGCACUCCCCGUGGUCGGAUUGGCCUCCCCGUGAAUGAUAGGGACACCUAGAGCUCACUCAUACUCACUGAUAUCUGCAGGACAUGACACCCACUUUGCUGGGAUUUCCCUGUUCCUCAUUUCUCCUGCGCACCCGUCAUGUUUCCAGCCCCCGCCAAGCUUUUCACAGUGUCCAUCAGACCAGUCCCAGCGCCACCUCUCUUUCCUAUCAUUGUUGCGUUAAGAUUCUCACGUUACUUACUGUGAUUCAAUUUGGCUUUUCAUAUUAUUCAUUCUCGUUCCUUGUUUUCCUUUUCAUUAGCAUAGACCAAGGAAUGCAGUGUACAUGAGUCUCUAUUGGAAGCUUUUUGGGUACCAAAUGAUUUGUGAGCGAAUUCGUAAAAAAUUUCCUUUCAAAGAAAUAUCCAGCGUCAUGAUACACAGACAUGUGGAAGAGACACAUCAAACAAAGUGUGUGGAGCAGCAUGCUCCUCAAGGUAGAUGAAUUACCCAUGUCUCAAAAUAGACGUGCUUCAGCAGCACGAGUAUCGCGUGCGAGACUGCACGAACGUUAGCCUUAGACAGGCGAAAGCAUCAAGAACGGCUUCUAGCAAUCAUGAACCGCAGCUGGCAGUGUCUUUACUAACGGUGAUCUGGGAUCCGG